AUGCUGUCAUGCAGGAAGCAAAUGUUCAGAAGCGUGCUGCGAGUGGCUUUCUGCUUGUCGCUUGCUCUCGUCGACGUGAGCUGCUUCCUCUGCCCUCCUGCAGCUCUUGACAUUCCUCGUGGUCCUGCGGCUCGGAGAUGCGCAGGCCGAGGGUCCGGCAUGCGCAUGAUGCUGUUCCCGUCAGCAGACGUGAAGAAGGAGGCAUGGGCCUGGAGCCACACGGAGAGAAACGAGGAAAGCAAGAUCCUGCGGCUGACGGCUGAGAUCGAGGCCCAGGGAGGGAAGGACAAGGCAGCUGGAGACCUGCUGGCCGAGAGGAGGAGCCUCUUGCACCAGCUCAUCCAGCACGACUACGCUGCCUAUGUCAGGGCAGCAACGGCACUGGGAGGGAUGGUGGACAGGAACGAUCUUCCUAACGUUCAGGACGUGCCGUAUGAGGGUAGAGUUCGUAAGCAGCCGCAGAAAGUUGACAUCUCCCUGCUGGACAAGUCUCGAGCUGUAAAUCGAGAGGCAUACGAGGCCGAGCUCUUCCCCAGCUGCUCCCUCCCCAACGUGACUUACACUGAGAGCCCGCUCGACAAAGUUCUGCUGUCCAUCUUCCGGAGUUUGGUAGCGAAGGAGACGGGGUUUCAAAGCGAGAAAGAGGGAAUCCUCGGACUUCUCGAGCAAGGGCGCGAGUAUCUCCUUCGUCCUGGUCAGACGGCGGAGGCGCAGAACCGGAUGGUGUACAACACGCUAGCAGGGCUGCUGACGCCCGUCAUGCCGCCAUUCUACAAGGUGUUCAUGUCCGGAAUCAUCGCGGGGAAACAAUAUGGGCCCUGGCCGUGGGCGGCAUGGCUAACGUCGUUUGUCACUCCGACAUUCUUUGGUUUCCUGGUGGGCCCGAGCCGACCGAACAGAAGAAAAGACGGACAGCUAGGGGGGCUGGUGGUGGAGAAAUGCAAGUUUCUUCAGGAGUCUGGAUGUAAGAGUCUGUGUAUCAACCAGUGCAAACUUCCAGCCCAGCAAUUCUUCUCUCAGGAACUCGGACUCCCACUAACUGUCACUCCAAACUUCGAAACCCAGGAGUGCCAGUGGAGCUUCGGAGAGCAUCCUAUCGACGUCGACAAGGACCCGAGAAUCCCCCGCGGAUGCCUUUCAGAAUGUCCAACAAGAGAAGCUCUGGUGAGCAUGCGAGAGUCGCGAUCUUGCGUGUGAGAAAGAGCAGA